AUGAUUGUUCCGACGAGCGAAGCUCCAAGGGGCGAGACCACCAAGGAAGGCAAGGAACUUUCCGGAGAUGAAAGAAACAAAUGGUUUCAAGAAGACCAAGGAGUCCUAGCCAUCAUUCAAAACUCACUUGAUGCCCAUAUCCUUGAACCUUACUCCUAUUACGAAACGGCAAAGGAUUUAUGGGACACUCUCAAGAACAUUUUUGGGAAUGUUACUAAUGUCAACCGUAUCUUUGAGAUUACGAGGGCCAUCAACAGCCUCAACCAAGAAGAUAUUGAGUUUACCAAGCAUUUUGGGAAGUUUAGGUCCCUUUGGGCUGAACUAGAGAUGCUAAGGCCGGCGACAAAAGAUCAGGCCAUACUGAACGAGAGGCGUGAACAAGACAAGGUGUUUGUUCUACUCUUGACCCUAAACCCCUCCUACAAUGACCUCAUCAAACACAUAUUGCGAUCAGAUAAGCUUCCAAGCCUUGACGACGUUUUCAACCAAAUCCAAAAGGAGCAUGGCUCCAUGGGACUAUUUGGCAGCAAAGAAGAGCUAGUGACCGCCAACAAAGUCGAGGUGGCGUCCGCAAACCAAGUCUACUACAAACCGGAUGACAAGAACCCACCGGUAUGUGAGCACUGCAAGAAGGUUGGCCACUUCAAAAGCCGCUGCUGGAUCCUUCAUCCACACCUUCGCAUUAACCGUGGAGGACCAAGCCGCGGAGUACUACUGAGAGCUCAUCAAGUAGUUGUAGUAGGGGAAACAUCAACCUCCAAACCAAACCAACAAGCUGUCGGAGGCAAUGGAACUGCUCUCGCUGCCUCCUCCGAGCUGGUGAGGCGAUCCGACCUUGAUGCGCUCAUCAAAGCCCUCAAGGAGGCCUCCGGUAAAACCUUUCUUGCUUUAAACAAAACUAAGCCUCUUAUUGUUGAUUCUGGUGCAUCACAUCACAUGAUUAGUGAUUCUAGGCUGAUUAGUGAUAUUAAACCGGCUAAAGGUAAUGUUGUGAUAGCAAAUGGUGAGAAGGUACCGGUUAAAGGCAUAGGGAAUUUGAAAUUAUUUGAUAAAGAAACUAAAGCCUUCUAUAUGCCAAAUUUCACAUCUAACUUGCUAUCAGUUAAGAGAGCCACCACUGAUUUAAAUUGUUAUGCAAUACUUGGUCCUAACAAGGUUCAUUUUCAGGAUAUUGAGACAAGUAAAGUUCUUGGCCAAGGAGGUUCCAAGGAUGAUCUCUAUGUGCUUGAGGACUUGAAUCUAUCUUCUUCUUCUGCAUCUUGUUUUAAUUCGGUUGUUGUUAAACCUAAUGAUUCUAUCUUAGAUGCUAGGCUAGGACAUCCUCACACUAGAGCUUUAACUUUAAUAUCAGAUAAUGGUGGAGAGUAUACAAGUCAUGCCUUCAAACAAUAUCUAGCAAACCAUGGGAUCAUUCAUCAAACAAGCUGUCCAUAUACACCCCAACAAAAUGGUGUUGCUGAGAGGAAGAAUAGGCAUCUCAUGGAAGUGGCAAGAUCCAUGAUGUUUCACACAAAUAUCCCAAAGAGGUUUUGGGGAGAUGCUGUCCUUGCGGCUUGCUACCUCAUAAAUCGGACACCGACCAAAAUUCUUCGAGACAUCUCUCCGUUUGAGGAGAAAAGCGAGACAAACUCGAUACUAAAAGUGUGA